GAACUUAGCUCUGUAUAUAUAGACCCAAAACUCCAGGGGCCUGUGAGGGAGAGGAGGGUAGAGAGGUCCUGAGUAUCGUUCUUCAUGCUUCAGUCAGACAGGCCUCUAUUCCAUGGGAAAGUUCAUUGGCCAUUUUUACCCGGGGCUAUUUCUUUUCUCUUAUGGACUAUAUCAGGCCACAGUGGUCUCCAAGGGCAUGAUACUCAAAGGUUGUGUCCUGUAUUCUUUGUGCCCUCCCAGGAAUAAGCAAAGAUGUUCCAGGCUGUGGAAAAUAGCCUAUGGAGGAUUACUGAAGAUAGUGACUGGCUCCCUCUUAACAUUUUAUGUGGUCCUCUGUCUUGAUGGCGGGAUGGUGCUAAUGAGCAAGCAGGUGCCAUCAAGGUUCAUGUACCCCAAAGAGUGGCAGCACCUCACCAUGUUCAUCCUCCUCACUCUCAAUGGCUGUGUGGACUUCAUGAGCAAGAACGUGCUGCCUCAGAGGUGUGUGGGCCUAGAAAAAGGUACCCUGGUCCUGAUCAUCUACCAGCUCCUGCCGCUGAUGGUGUCACAUGCUAAAGACUCAGAAGGGGUGGAGCUGCACGUUCACUCUCUGCUCAUUUUGGUGGUGUUCCUGCUGUUGCUGGUGUUGACUGCACAGCUGUGGGCUCCCAACAUGUGUCAUCUCCAGCUGAUGGAGACCUUUCUGAUGCUGAUGAUGGGCUCCUGGCUGAUGCAGGCAGGCUUUAUUCUAUACAGACCUGUCUCUGGCUACCCAUGGCAAGACGAUGACAUCAGUGACAUCAUGUUUGUCACUACCUUCUUCUGCUGGCAUGUGAUGAUCGAUGCCUCAUUCCUGUUGGGAAUCUAUGGCUUCUCUUCCUUUUGGUAUCAUUGUUACAGUCCAAGCUUGAAGCUGACUGGGCCCAAAGAAGUUCCGUAUUACGCAAGCACUCCAGGACCCCUCUACAAGUUGCUACAGGAAGUGAAGCAGUCAGAGAAAGAGGACCAGGCUCUCUUUUUUUCAAAGAGCUCCCCCUGA